AUGCUCUUGACUGUUUUGUCGUGGAAUGUAAAUAACAGGGAGGGGGUUGCAGAUGCCAUUCCAAAGAUCUUGAGGGACUGCAAGUCUGACAUGAUAUUGAUAUCGCUACAGGAGCACUUCGACCUUUAUAGUGGCGUGGCGAAGUCUGUUGUGAAGAUGUGCCCGUCCUACAGGGUGGUUUCUGUUGACCGAGUAUUCGGGGUGUGGUCGAUUGUGCUGUCGAAAGAAAGACACACUGCAAGUGCCAUGAGGAUGGGGCUUGGGCCAUUGGGGUUCAUCAAUAAGGGGGUCUGCAUGACCAGGAUAUCGAACGGGAUCAUAUUCAUAAGCUGCCACUUGUCUGCACACCAGGAAAACAACAAAAAAAGACUGAAUGAGAUCAGAAGGAUAUUUGAGUGCAUUUGUGACGAAGAGUCCCUGAAGAGUACAGACACUGUUAUUCUGGCCGGGGAUAUGAACUUCAGGAUUGCCAAAGGGGCAAGAGUUCUUAGCUACCUCAGGGCAAAGAAGGAUGACCAAUGCAAUGAGUUUAAGAAUGCAUACCCGUCAUUUGUGGAGGGGACAAUAGACUUUGAGCCAACAUACAAAUAUAUUGCAUCCACGGACGAGCUGUGCAGUAAGAGGCAGCCAUCGUGGUGUGAUAGAGUGAUUGUGUCUUCAUGCUACACAAGUAAGUUCAAUGUGUACAGAUCGGCCCACGAAGUGAAGAUAAGCGACCAUAAGCCCAUUAUCUGCAUAUUUGAGACAAGUGGCAGAAGGGCAGACAGAGUAGCUAUCCCGAUGGUUGGAUACAACGGGCAUCAGAUUAUUCGGGCCCUUACAAGGUUCUACUGCGGUGUCCAUGAGCACUGCAACACUGCCUUGGUAUGCCUUCUGGUGCUAGUGGUUUAUCUAGUGCUUGCAAGAUGCAAGACUAUUCCGAGGUUCAGUAGUCUAUUUAGAGGGCUCGGCACCUCAACAGAUUAG